AUGGCAACCACAAUCAUGGAUCUCCCAGCUGAGAUCAAUGCCAUGAUUGUGUCCUAUGUCGGGGUAGGACGUUCGCACCCAAUCGCAAUAGGCAGCUUCCAUGAUCCAUCUUCCAAGUUGAGAUGCCCCUCCUUGUAUAGUUAUAAUACCGAGUUGGCCAAUCUGCGACUGGCCAAUAAAACUUUCUCCGCUCUUGCUUCACCACUCUUUUUCAGAGUUCUCGCUUUUUGCGUGGGUAUUGGAAAGGUGGCUGCUUUCCACAGAUUCCUGGAAAUUUGUCGCAGCCAACAUGCAAUCCAUGUACGAGAGUUGGAGCUCAAAAUCUGCCAUUGCCCGAAAGAUCCUAAGAACAAGUUCGAUGGAUUCUCUGAAGAAAGCAAGCAGCGGUUUGAAAAGGAAUUCACCACUGCCUUGUCCCGCCUAACCAACAUUGAGACUCUGGCGUGGGUGUUCUGGUGUUUCUCUUCGUGGUGUUCAAAGAAUCAACAUAGCAUUCUCUACGAAGCCGUUAUGAGAGCAGAUCUCCCCAAGCUGAAGAAUCUCAAGAUUGUGGUCUUCGGAUUGCCUUUUUACCCGAAGAUUGUCCCAGAGCUGACCGGGGCUUCGCGAGAGCGGGUCAAACGGCUAAUUCGACAGAUUCGCUGUUUGUGGAUUGAUCAGGCUGGCCAUUCGUUCUUAGAUGGCGAUGGAUUACCAUCGCCCGGUCACGACUUCACAGCGUGGUUUGUCAGUGCUCUGGAAAAUGGUGUUGACCGCGAUUCCGAGUCAUCAUCCCGCGAUUCGGUGUCAACACCCCGAGGAGCGAUGACUGCCCUGCAGGCUCCCUCAAUUCACCUCAAAACACUCGUUCUAGAAAGCGUGCCAGUAUCGCUUCAUGUGCUCAAAUUCCUUACAACGCAGGCUAGGCAGACAAUAAAACGAGUGGAGUUGUCCAUAGUCAUUGCUUACUCUUGCCGCUGGCGUAAUCUCCUGUCGCUCUUGAUUCGACUACCGCAUCUGGUGUACAUGAGGGUGAACAGAUGUAUUGCCGUGAAGGAGGCUGGAAACUACGCCCAUACUCAAAUUGGGACUGUUGGUGGCGUGGCUUCUGAGAAUGAGUCCGACGACGAAUCCUCUGAGGAUGGGCCCGCUGAUAUCAAGGGGCCUGAUGUUGAUUUGUCUGGCGAUGUAGAGGUCGCUCUGUGUAAUGACAUUGCAUGGGUUCCUCAAGCGUUUGCAUGGGUUCCUGAAGCGUUUUCAGAGGAAUUGCGUCAAGCAUUUGCCCGUCUGCUGCGCCAUGUUGAUGCGAAUAGAAGUGCUACUGGGAUGCGUCCACUGAUGAAAGAAUUCGAGUACAAAGUACGUCAAUAG